CGGAGUCAGAGAAUAAGAGGUUCAAGCGGACACACAUUCCUCUGCAGAUCACAAGUGAAGCUACACUGUGGAUGAUGGAUUGUUCAGAAGAGGUUCAGCCGGUGUCCGAGGAGCCCAGCGCUCAAAUAGAGCUCAAAAAGGGAAUGUCCAUUUUCAUUGAUAUCUUACGGAGGGCCGAUAAAAACGAUGAUGGAAAGCUGUCCUUUGAUGAAUUCAAAUCCUACUUCUCUGACGGAGUCCUGACAGCUGAGGAACUGAAGGAGCUCUUUCACACGAUCGAUACCCAUAACACAGACAACUUGGACACGGAUGAACUCUGUGAGUACUUCUCCCAGCACCUCGGUGAAUACGAGAACGUUCUUGCUGCCUUAGAAGACCUGAACAUGUCCAUCCUGAAGGCGAUGGACAAAACAAAGAAGGAUUAUCAGGAGUCCACCCACUUGGAGCAGUUUGUGACCCGCUUCUUGCUGAAGGAGACAACCAAUCAGCUUCAUUCACUUCAAAGCUCACUCGAGUGUGCCAUGGAAACCACAGCUGAGCAGACUCGCCAGGAGAAACAGGGUCCUGUGAAGCCAGAGGUGUUGUCCAUCCAGUGGUCGGGUCGUCGCUCUAAUCGGAGGCUUCAGAGAAACAACAGCCUCUCCCCCAACAACCCUCUCUUUAGCCUCGUCAGUUCAGGUGUUUAUGAUGAAGACAGCCAGUGGAUAAUCCAGGUCAACAGACUGCAGAAACUUAUCGACCGCCUAGAACAAAAGGAGAUCCGUCUGGAGCCCGUUGAAGAAGAGGUCUUGGAGAGCAAAUCGCACAUCCUAAUAGUUCAGAGGCAGCUCUCGGUGCUGGAGGAAGAGCUGGAGGAGUUUCGCUUGGCUCUCAGACAGUACAUGGAGUGCGCCUGUGCCCAGACUGGAUGUUUGCACAUCGCAGUUCAGCGGCUGGCAAAUGAAUCACGCUUCAUUCUCUAUGAAUUCUGGGAGCACAACAACGUGUGGAAGAAUCACCUACAGACUAACUACAGUAAAACCUUCCAGAGGGGGAACGUGGACUUCCUGGAAACUCCUGAGACCAUUACCACCAUGUUGGUUCCUGCCUCCUGGUGGGUCCUCAACAACAACUGAACAUGGACACACACUUCUCUUUACUGAUGGGUGCAAACAAACAGCAACUGGCCAACACAUCUGGAAGUCCACAGCAAGAGCAACAAUGCCGCCCUACCACUGACACACGCACACACACACACACACACACACACAC